AUGGGGUUUCGUUGUCGCAGUUUGAGAGAGAGAACUGGUGUUGAUCAUCGUCUGGAGCGUCUUCCCAGCGGACCAAUCAACAAAACUCCACUGUAUACGGUUAUCACGGGUGUAAACACAAACAAGAGCCGUCCUGUGAAGAUUGCCGACUUCGGUGAACAUGUUCGUAUGAUGUCUGCCGAUUCCGAUUUCCGUUUUUCGGAAGAAUAUGAGAUUCUGCGAAAUGUUGGCUGCGGACAAUCAUACACAGCUGCCGAAUUGCCCGUAAAUAAACCAAAGAACAGAUUCACAAAUAUCCUCCCAUAUGACCACUCCCGUGUUCGAUUAAUGCAAGCGGGUGAUCAAGAAGGCGCCGAUUAUAUCAAUGCCAACUUCAUGCCGGGCUACUCUUCACGACGAGAAUUCAUCGCUGCCCAAGGACCUUUACCAACAACAAGAGACGCCUUUUGGCAGAUGGCAUGGGAACAGUACUGCCCGGCAAUCAUUGCGUUGACAAAGUGCGUGGAAAAAGGCCGAGAUAAAUGUCAUCAGUAUUGGCCAGACAGUGAACACUCAAGCGUCGUCUACUCCGAUAUCGAGGUGACAUUGCUGAAUGAAUCAUCCUUCGACGAUUUCACGAUCCGUGAGCUUCGUCUGAAGAAGUUGCACGAAUCGACGGCACCUCGGAUUAUAUGGCACUUCCAUUAUAUGGCUUGGCCAGAUUUCGGUGUACCAGACCAUCCACAGGGAAUCAUUCGAUUCGCUCUGAUGUUCCGUUCGAGACUUCCGCAUUCUGCCCUGAACAAACCGACCAUUGUGCAUUGCAGUGCUGGUGUCGGAAGGUCCGGUACAUUCAUAGCGAUAGAUCGUCUUCUUCAAACAAUACACGCUGAUCGACCUAUAGAUGUCUUUGGAAUUGUGCAUGAAAUGCGAUAUGAGCGAUGUCAUAUGGUCCAAAAUGAACAACAAUACAUCUUCAUCCAUCACUGCAUACUUCAUGCCAUCGAGUCAAUCGCUUCUGAACGUACCGCGAUGACAACUGAAUUACAUCAGAAUCCCGUAUUCGAGGACGAUGAUACCAUUGCUGAGUCGGAUUUCUAG